CCUCCCCCUCCCUCUAUCUCCACCCCCGUUCGGGUUCCCCUCCCCCCGCAACACCAAGCACGCAGAACCAAACCCUAGCCGCUCUUCCCCCUCCAGAAUCCAGAUCCCGGCGCCCCCCGCCUCAUGGCGGCCCUCGCCCGGAGCUCCAGCCUCCCCGCCCGCCGCCUCUAGCUCCGGAUCGCCCCCGCACGCAAGGCCAGCCAGCCAGCCAGCUAGCCAUGGAGCCCGCCGAGGACGCCGCGGCGGCCGCGGCGCCGGACUCGUGGGAGACGGCCGACAUCGACGGGCCCAUGAGCCGGCUCAUCCUCACCGCGCGCCGCGUGUCCUCGUCGCCGGACCUGGCCGAGGAGCAGCAGGACCAGCCCCCGCCGCACCCCGCGCCGCCGCAGACGCAGGGCCCCGCCCCGGCGCGCGACGAUCUGGUCGCCCAGGUCGACCAGUUCCUCCGGGAGGCCCUCGAGAAGCCGCGGGAGAGGCUCUCUGUGCUAAGAAUGGAGCAAGAUAUUUUGAAGUUCAUCAGUGACCCCAGACAGACACAGUUUGAAUUCACGGGUCUCCCAACUUCAUAUCUGCGUCUUGCUGCACACCGCCUGGCACAACAUUACUUCCUCCAGUCCAUCGCCAUACCAGACAACAGUUUGCCUGAUGGAACUGGUUCUCGUAUUGUCCUCCGUAAGACGUCGUCUGAGUGCCAACAGCCUGCUGUGCGACUUGCAGAUAUUCCAGUUAGCCUGCCUCAAGAAGAGAGCAGCACUGUGGCCAAGGUAGCUAUCAAGCAGAGGCCUCAAAAGAAUUUCCAUAGCAUUAACAGCUCAAGUUCUCACUCUUCUAGAGACAACCUCCAGAAAAGUGUUGAAGAAAGAAAAGAGGAAUACAACAGGGCACGUGCACGGAUAUUUAACAACAGCAGUAGCGGCAAUGCUGCUGAUGGCAGACCUGUUGAGGAAGUGACUUUGCCCAAUACUCUGCAUAGGUCCUCUUCCUUGGAGUUGAACUCGAGCAAUAGAAUGGGCCAAGGGGCUGAAAUUACUCUUGAAAGGAGUUUGACUACCACUUCGGCCAGCAGCAGGUCAAAUCGAAGCAAGAUCGAAAAGGAGCCUGGAGUCAGUAGAAACAGGCAAAACAACAGGGUUGCAAUUUUCAGGGACCGCGAGUCAGAGCGCAAAGAUCCUGAUUAUGAUAGGAGUUAUGACAGGUACAUGCAAAGAUUUGACCCUGGAUUUGGAUUUAAUGGAGGCCCAUACACCAUUCAACCCCUUUAUGCCCCUGCUGUAAACUACAACACUGAAUUCCCGCAACUUGGCUCAGCACACAGAUCUCCUGUCGCUGUUGAACAGCAGCCUCGUCCAAUGGCUCAGCAUAUGCCUGGGUCUUGGUCAGCGGGACAAGCACCUAAUGCAAUCGGCUAUGGGCCUCCAGAUGGAGUCAUGGCACCUUACAGUCCUGGUCAUGCAGGUCCUCCUGUGAGAUCGUCUGUUUUCAUGCAUGCUUCGCAGCAAUAUGCCAUACCUUCACGCCCUGGAGUGCCAUUUGUACAUCCACCGGAGUCCAUGGGACCAUUUGCACAGACUCACCAACAACAACCAGAAGCUAGUUUGCGCUUUGCCCGGCCCCGGUGAGGGGCCCGGGCAUGCCUGCACCUGCCAGCACACGCUCAACAUGUCAAAUUGGAUGAUGCAUCCAAUUUAAUUGUUGCUGGAAGACUGCAGGCAUAGAAUGACCAAGAAGCGCUGGGCAGAGCAUUCAUCCACUCAAUCAUGCCAGCUUCUGCGCUCUUGGUUCUUUUGCUCCCUGCAUAAUGAGAUGCAGGAGGGGCAUUGUAUAUAUACUCCAUCGACAGGUACUUGAGGUUCAUUGGAUGGACUUCUAGGUCAAAUGCGGAAAGAAGCCGAGAAGUGAAGGGCAGGACUAGUCACCUCCGUGGUCUUGCCAGCUCAAUUGUUGCUGCUUGCUCCUCUUAGAUUAAGAUGCUGGAGGUUUAUUGGACUGAUCCUUAAGUCCAAUGAGCAAAGGGCGGCAUCAGUCACCUCUGUGCUCUUGCCAGCUCCGUUCUCAGUGUGGUUGCAUGCUGCUCUCACAUUGAGAUGCUGGAGGGGCACAUCUUGUUGCUUACUCCUUUGAUGGGCCCUCGACUGAUGAUGAUGAAAAAGAUUUGGAUCGUGGGGUGUUAUGUGGGUGCUGGACCAGAGAAGAGUUUGGGGUGAUCCAGCAUGUUAACAGGCAAUGGGGAUGCGGUUUCUGAUGGCUGGAAUGAAGAUAGAGGGAUUUGCUCUGUUGGUGGCUCUAGACGCUGCCCUCUUGAAAAUGAGCUAGAGUGAAGACAAGGUUCUUCCUUGCCUACUGCAGCCCCUCGACCAGGACUGGGGAGAUGCUGGCAUCUCUGUUGCCGCCGUGGCUGUUGUUUUAAGAUGAGGUCUAGUGAGUGUUGUGUUGUACAUGAAUGUGCGUUAGCUGAGCGACCCAGAAUAUUUACUGUACUAUGUGAAGUAACGACUCUAGGUGGUAAACUAAGAUGACUAUGGAUCAUUACGCUACGGCGAUUAGUGUUCUCCAGUUCCACAAUGAAAUUUAGUGAGUUAUUUAGUGGUAAACAAGUUAGUGUUGUUACUGGAUGUAUGGUUUGCUCAUCUUUCUGCGUGCUGUAAAUGGGUUGUGACAAUACAACAACUGUGUCAUGGUAUAUGG